AUGAAGAAAGAAAGAACGGCUGAUAAUAGCCGACCUUAUAAAUUGGCUCAUCAAAUACUGAGCCUUACAGGUAUAAGUUUCCAAAGGAAAAGCAUUAUUGGAUUUGUAGAAUUGACAAUAGUUCCAUUAAGGGAUACAUUAAGGCUUGUGAAACUUAACGCAAAGCAGUGUAGAAUUUAUAGAGUAUGUUUAAAUGAUACUUAUGAAGCACCAUUUCAAUACUUUGACCCAUUUUUGGACAUUUGCCAAGGAGAUGGAAAACAGAGAUCAUUAGAAUUUUUUUCAAAUAUGCACCUAGCAGCUGCACAGAGGGUUGAUCCAGACAAUAAUGCAGGGGAAUUAGUAGUACAAAUUCCACCAGAUGCAGCACAUCUAGUUGCUGAAGGUAGAAGUUUAAGAAUUAGCAUUGAAUUCUCCUUAGAACAACCUCAAGGUGGAGUACACUUUGUUGUACCAAAUUGUGAAGGAACAUUAGCUGAGAGAGGUGCACACAUGUACACGUAUAGCUAUGAAAAUUCUUCGAGAUUAUGGUUUCCAUGCGUUGAUAGUUUUGCUGAACCAUGCACUUGGAAAUUAGAAUUCACUGUUGAUGAUUCUAUGACAGCUAUAUCUUGUGGUGAUCUUGUAGAAGUUGUAUAUACACCAGAUAUGCGCAGAAAAACGUUUCAUUAUGUUCUUAAUACACCCGCAUGUUCACCAAAUAUUGCACUUGCAGUAGGACCAUUUGAAAUAUUUGUGGACCCAUAUAUGCAUGAAGUAACACAUUUUUGUCUGCCACAAUUGUUACCGUCCCUCAAGGUUUCUGCAAAAUAUAUGCACGAGGCAUUUGAAUUUUAUGAAGAAACCUUGUCAAAUAGAUAUCCUUAUUCUUGCUAUAAGCAAGUGUUUGUAGAUGAAUUAGAUGAAGAUAUAAAUGCAUAUGCUACUAUGAGUAUCUUAAAUACAAAUUUAUUACAUUCUACUGCAAUUAUUGACCAAGUUUAUAUUACGAAAAAGGCUAUGGCACAAGCUGUGGCAGAACAAUUUUUUGGGUGUUUUAUAUCUAUGCAAAAUUGGUCUGACACGUGGUUACCUAAAGGUAUUUCGACAUAUCUAACUGGUUUAUAUGCGAAAAAAUGUUUUGGAAAUAAUGAAUAUAGAGAAUGGGUGCAAUCGGAAUUACAAGAAGUUGUAAGAUACGAAGAACAAUUUGGAGGCAUCAUAUUAGAUCCUUCGCAACCCCCAGCACCAUUACCUAUUGCAGCAAAUACACCAGCACCAACCCCUAGAGCUCCAGAUCCUGGUUUUUAUUUUCCAAUAAGAAAUUUACAUACCAUGUCCCCAAAGUACAUUGAAGUACUUCGUAAAAAAGCGCAUUUAGUGAUUAGAAUGUUAGAACAUCGAAUUGGGCAAGAAUUACUCCUACAGGUUUUCAAUAAACAGCUUUCACUUGCAGCUAAUGCUGCUCAACAAAAAAUUGAUUCUGGACUAUGGUCUCACAUGUUAAUUAGUACAAAUGUAUUUACAAAAGCAAUCUUUACAGUAACAGGUAAAGAUAUGGCAGUUUUUAUAGACCAGUGGGUCAGAACAGGUGGACAUGCAAAAUUUAGUUUAAGUUUUGUAUUUAAUAGGAAAAGAAAUACUGUGGAAUUAGAAAUUCGACAAGAUACUACAAACCAAAGAGGAAUUAGAAAAUAUGUUGGUCCACUUCUAGUUAAUAUUCAAGAAUUAGAUGGUACUUUCAAACAUACUUUACAAAUUGAAGGUACUGUAGCAAAAGCAGACAUAACGUGUCAUAGUAAAAGUCGUCGAAACAAAAAGAAAAAGAUCCCAUUAUGUACUGGGGAAGAAGUAGACAUGGAUCUAUCUGCUAUGGAUGAUUCUCCUGUACUGUGGAUAAGAUUAGAUCCUGAUAUGACACUUAUGCGUGCUGUUCAAAUUGAACAACCCGAUUAUCAAUGGCAAUAUCAGUUAAGACACGAAAGAGAUGUCACCGCACAAUUAGAAGCUAUUGAAGCUUUACAGAAUCAUGCAACACCUGCUACACGGUUGGCAUUGACCGAUACCAUAGAAAAUGAACAUUGCUAUUACAAAGUUAGAUUACGAGCUGCACACUGUUUAACCAAGGUUGCUAAUGCAAUGGUUGCGACAUGGGCCGGUCCACCUGCAAUGUUAGCCAUAUUUAGAAAACUGUUUGGAUCAGCUUCGUGCAGACGAAUAAUCAAACAAAACAAUUUUUCAAAUUUCCAGCAUUAUUUUUUACAGAAGACUAUACCUGUAGCAAUGGCAGGUUUACGUAAUGCUCAUGGUAUAUGUCCACCAGAAGUUUUAGCUUUUUUAAUGGAUUUAUUUAAGUACAAUGAUAACAGUAAAAAUAGAUAUUCAGAUAAUUAUUACAGAGCAGCAUUGAUUGAAGCUCUUGGAUCUACUGUUACACCUGUAAUUAGUAUACAACAAGGAACUUCUAUUACCGCUGAAUCAUUAUCAAUUGACACUAAAGCUAUAUUGGAAGAAGUUACUAGAAAUUUAAAUUUAGAAAAAUUGUUACCGUGUUACAAAUACACAGUUAGCGUUGCUUGCCUAAAGGUCAUACGAAUUUUACAAAAAUUCGGCCAUCUUCCAAGUAACCCUCAUCUUUUCAGAGCAUAUGCGGCCUAUGGGCAGUUUAUCGAUGUUAGAAUUGCGGCAUUGGAAGCAUUAGUCGAUUUUACAAGAGUGGAUGGUAAAUGGGAAGAUUUAGAAUUUUUACUCGAUAUGAUAGAAAUGGAUCCUCAUCCUGGAGUUCGACAUAGAUUAGUGAGACUUAUGGUUGAAAAUCCACCGUUUGAAAAAGGACAUAAGCAUCGUUUGGAUCGCCCUGAAUUCGUUGAUCGUAUAUGGAAUUUAAUUAACGGUAUGCUUUCCCAUGAUCCUAAAAUACGAUGCGACUUAGUCGAUUUAUACUAUACUUUGUAUGGUUCGAAACGACCAGUUUGUCUCCCUAUUCCUGAACUUGCUGCUAUUACUAAACCAAAAAAAGUAGGACCACCAAGCCCGGAACAAGAUGUGAAACCAAAUUUAUUACAUAUAAAACAUGAACCACCAGUAAUAGAAAUUGAAAGUACAAAUGUUCCAAAUAAAAGGAAACCUUCUCCCAGUAGAGAUAUUCCUGGCCCCUCGAAUUCAGUAGAUUAUGGUCCAGAAGUGAAACGGCAAAAGCAGGACGAACGAGCAAAUUCCAUAGUUAGCGAAGGAAAAGUGAAAUCAGAAUAUUACAGCGAUAAUUCAGCAUCAUUGCCUGGUAUUAUGGGAACUGCAGGACCAGUAGGUUUUGAACCAGGAAUGUUUAAAAAGGAAAUAGACGAACAUAAACAGAAAAGUGAUUCUGUCAACAAGAAUAAGAAAAAGAAAAAGGACAAGAAGAAACACAAGCACAAGCAUAAACAUAAACAUGAUCAUAAACAUGGUAAAGAUAAAGAGAAAAAAGAUAAGGAUAAAGAUAAAGAUAAAGUUAAAGAAAAAGAAAAGGAGAAAGAAAAAGAUAAAAGUAAAGAUUCUUCUUCCAAUCUGAAAAUUAAGGAAGAAACUUUAAGCUCAGCAAGUUCCAGUCUUAGUCCAGAUGGGACAACAGCAACUAAUGAAUUUAUUUUUCCAUAAAAGAAGCACUCAAUGAUUUAUUAUAGUCUUAAAAGACUACUACUGUUCAUAUCUUAUAUAACUUUUAUAUAAUUUAACAUCUACAUUCUAAUACAUAGUGAGCUAGAGCGUUGAUCAUCAAUAAAUGUAAAUACACAUUUUUUUUAAAUCUAUUAAGGUAAAACAUAUUUUCUUUUAUUUUGUUAAAUAAUAAAACUAAUAGCUUUUACGAUACGUUUUAUUAUUAACUAUUUUUGUAUAAAAAUCACUAAUAAAUUAAGGAAUGUAAAUAUUGAUAAGAAAACU